AUGUCCUCUUCGACGGGCGAGACGAUCAAGGAAUAUGCCUCCAUCGACGCUCUCAUGCUACACUACUCCAAUGACCCGAUAGGUCUGCGCAACGCUCAGCAUUUGGCCGGCGCGUUGAGAGAGUAUAAGGCGAAUGUACUUAUAGCUGACGAGAACAUGAUGAGGUUGGUCAGGGUGUGGUCAACAUUUCGUCAAGAGGAACGGCCGGGUUUCAAGUUGGACCAACUGUGUGACCAGCUUACACCACCUUCGAAGGGCCCUCAGGGUGAUGUGGACCAUCUCCUGAUCGUCGCCUACUUUGGUCACGGCCAUGUGCGGAAGACAGAGCAGUGGAGCGAAGACGGAGAGUUCGUUGAAGAGCCGGAGCACCUCUUCGGUACCAAUGGGGCAGACCUAGGGUUCGACUUGACCCGUCUGCAAAUGCGGCUGCGCGACGAGUCCUUCAACUCUGACGUCCUUUUCAUCACCCAGUUCCUCAAUACUCGAACGUGA